GCAAUUAUCGAACGUGUUUAUUGUCUUCAUUUUUUUUCUCGCGCGUCUAACUUUUGGUAUAUUUACGUUGUUUAAUAAAAGCUGGGAGGUGUUAGCUUGGAAGCAGGAAUCCGCGCAGUAUUCGCUACGAUCCGGACUCCUGCGGUUACGGGCGGGAUGUUUUUCAGUUAAUGAAUGGCAAGGAAGGCAGCGAUAGGCUGUUGGAGGAGCUGGGAGGCUCCCCCCAGGGCGGGGAGAGAGCGAGGGAUUGAGAGAGAAAGAAGAAAUCACGUGAGUUAAUGAUGUUGCAAAGCUCCCAACUCUCGCUCACUGCCCACAGCAUCGAACCGCUCAGAAAUCGGGAAAAGCUGCAAAUCAACACAAGCGAAUAAGCAACAGGGCGGCCGGUCGCGACAGCAAAAGCCGAGAACGGAUCACGCUCGUUACAAUGGCAACUUACUUUGCAUCCUAGGAGAAAAUGUACAGGAAUGACACUCUUUAUCGCGUGGAAAUGAAAACGCGCUGUGGUGUCGGGCACUGAGAGGACUUGUGGGAGAUAGAGCGAUCGGCCAUCGCGGCGCCUGGAUCCAUUCAACCUGUUUUGCUGGCGAUUUGUCUUGGAUUGUGGCGUGGACACGAUGAUGCAGCAUCCCCUGGAGCUGGGGGCUCAUUACUUACCCCACGAGCCGAUCCACGAUUACAGGUCACACCGGUACAGGAGCUUCAUGAUCGAGGAGAUAUUGACCGAACCCACGGGCUCAGGCAAAGCCGCGAACGGAGCUGGCUUGAAAUCGGAUCAUGCUGGAGUUUUCAAGUUUCCGUUGGGUCCGAUCUCCUGCAGCCUCGCUGCUCCUUUAGGUUCGGCGUUAAUCUCCGGAGGGUCGAGUCUGGCCGGUGGUCCCGGAGGCCCCCAUCUCCCGCUAGACCUACACCUCCGGUCAAAGCUCGAACAAGGUCCAGACCCAGGAAACAAGGGGAAAAAGGGCAGGAGGAGCCGAACUGUCUUUACUGAACUACAGUUAAUGGGCCUCGAGAAAAGAUUUGAAAAGCAGAAAUAUCUCUCAACGCCAGACAGAAUAGACCUAGCAGAAUCUCUGGGUCUCAGUCAACUUCAGGUGAAAACUUGGUACCAAAACCGAAGAAUGAAGUGGAAGAAAAUAGUAUUGCAAGGCGGAGGUCUGGAGUCCCCGACAAAGCCUAAAGGUCGCCCAAAGAAGAACUCCAUUCCCACAAGCGAGCAGCUUUCAGAGCAAGAGAAGAUUAAAGAAGGCGAGAAACAGACGGAUAAUUCCCCAUCGCCUUCCGAAGUGAACCAGGAAGAGUAGCGCGCACGGAUGGGCAAAAUAGAACUAUUGACACACACGGGGCGGUGUUGCCAGCGUUGACCUUGACGUUCCAGCGCUUGUCAUAAGGCGGAAUUUACACCCAACCCGUAAAUGUCAGAUCCACGUUUGAAAUCAACCGUUUUGUCUCUUUCCAAGCACCAGCUGGCGGACCGUCCACUAACAGAUUUGUCUUUAUUACAUUUUAUUAAGUUUGGAGUUUGGAUCAAUUUUCCAUGAACACGGAAGUCUGUUGUAGAAAGCACAUUUUUUUAAAAUGAAAUUGCUUUCAGCCCCUACAUAAGGCUGGUUACCCAGAAAGAAGCUGAAAAUUGCUUAGCGGCUGAUCAUGAUGGAAAUGUCCUUUCCAUUAUACACAGUGUAGCAUUUUGGCGCCUUUCCCACCAAAGUUUCGGCUGCAUAAAAUUAAAAAACUCUGAAUCAAAGUAAGUUUUUACAUUUUGUAACAGUCUUUCCAGCGGCAUUUCGGCAUUUCUUACAAAUGACAGUAUUGUUGAAAGAGAAGCAAUUUAUUUUCGGUCUCAGCACACACUACUGUGGUGCCCCUCCGUCAAGUUAGCUUGAUAAAUAUUUUGACCAAACCAAUUGGAUAGUAGGUAGAAUGUGUUAUGGUUCAGUGAAGGAGGGCUACAGCUGCAGCAGCAGAUUUGAAGUAUUUGUACCGAGUACCGAAUGAUUUCAUACACUUGUGAAAGAUAGAAGCUGUAAAUAUUUCUUGCAGCAACGACUGUGGCUAAAGCCAAGAAACGUGCCUUACGCCUUUCCCCAAAGAGAGGGUUCAAACGAUGAUAUCUAAUUAAAUGUGCCUGUAAGUUUUAAAGUUAUAUUUCCCUUUAUGCUACCCAUACAUGGAUACAAACAAUAAAAGAUUAUCUGUCCUUGUAUUUAUUAUUUUAUUUUUAUGCUUUUUAAAAUUAUGUGCGCGUUUAGACUAGAACAUAUAAAUCAUUUUAAUUAGAGGUGGAUUGGUACUUUACAUGCAAGUUUCAACCUCAGGGUGCAUGCGGUAAAACAAUGCUAUAUUUAUAUUUCUUCCCUCGCAUUCCUUCCUUUAACGUGAUGCAUAUUACGCAGUUGUUCGACCGAAUAGAACUAUUGUGUCUUAUGCAAGCUCGUAGUGGAUAUUAAGCAGAUAUAAAACGGUCCACAUUCCUCUCAUUUAAGGGCGGAAGGACACACGGUUAACUUCAGGCGAAACUGACAUAUAAAACGCGUUCUUUCAUAUGGAGCCUGUUUUAUUUUCAGUUAGUUGCUGCCUCUCUCAGUUUGCAGUUCAUGCCCGCUUACCGUCGCCAGCUACCGAGUUCAGUAUAGGCCCUUGUUCCCUUCUAAUAUCCUGCCACGUCCAACGAUUUUCCUCCCGGAUAAAUAAAUUUCAUCCGAUUAGAAUCGAUUCGAAAUCCAGCUAAGUAUGAUUAUUUGUUCUGACCGAUUAGAUGUAAAAACACUUGUAAAUUUCUGAUGAGCCCGUAAAUGCAUUUAAAACCUAUAAAACUAUUAAAGGCUCAAGAAAUGUAGGAUUAACUAUUAGUGACGUAGAACGAGGAGCUCUGUUUAGAAUUGAAAGAUUAAAAUUGGACAGUUCAUUACUAUUCCAGCUCAACCAUUUGGCAUUAAGAAUAUGAGUAGCGUUUAAUUCAAAAGCGGAGCGAGAUAAUGAAAACAUCGAACUUCGGCUGAACCAAGCGACGGUGUUGCUUCAGUGUUACAGGUCUAUGGUUAACUCUUAAGUGGUCCAGUGCCACAUGACCUUUGCCCCGGUCAAUUAUUAAACAAAAACUUAAACAUCUAUGAAAGUCUGUGUCAGUCAAAAACAUUACACAUUGAAUAGUGAGUGAUACGUGAUCUGUUGGAAUAACAAGCACGUGGGACUUCUGCAGGUAGCAGCUACCUGGCCCAGAACCAAUAUAUCUGGCAUGUUGCAUUUUUGUUAACAUUAACGUUUUAGAAUGUCAAAUACGUUUUGAAUUUUGUAAAGAUAUGAAUACGUUAUAAGAAUAAUCUAUACACUGUAUAUUUGUGGAUUAUUGUCGACGCAUACUUAAUUCGAAACCACAUUAAUAUAAGCAAUUAAACAUUUUGUCACAAUGU